UUUAGAUUGAAAAGUGCAUGAGUGCAAUAACACAUUUUAUCGGCAAUUUAUUGUUUUUCAAAACAUAAUUUAACAAUUUACCAUUAAAUUCAGCACUGCUGAUGCUUCGUCAUGAAGAUCAGUGUUGAUGGUUUGAUAGUUUAUUUCCCAUAUGAUUAUAUAUAUCCUGAACAAUAUGCAUACAUGCUGGAUCUCAAACGAGGACUCGAUGCUAAGGGUCAUAUUCUUUUGGAGAUGCCCUCCGGUACAGGUAAAACAAUUACCCUAUUGUCUCUAAUUGUAGCCUACAUGUUGGAACGUCCAACAGAGGUUACCAAAUUGAUUUACUGCUCUCGUACUGUACCUGAAAUUGAAAAAGUCAUUGAGGAAUUAAAAACGUUAAUGGAGUAUUAUGAAAAGGAAACAAAAGAACUUCCAAAAAUUAUAGGCUUGGUACUUAGUUCAAGGAAAAACAUGUGCAUUCACCCUGACGUCAGUAAAGAAAAAGAAGGAAAAAUUGUAGACAGCCGCUGCCAUGCACUAACAGCAUCCUAUGUACGAGAGAGACAUAACUAUGAUGAUUCAACACCUGUUUGUGGUUUCUAUGAAACCUUUGACAUAGAAGGUCGUGAAAUGAUCAUUCCUCCUGGUAUUUAUUCAAUUGAUGAUAUGAAGGAGUUCGGAAAGGAUAGGAAUUGGUGUCCUUACUUUUUAGCUAGAUAUACUAUAUUGCAUGCACAAAUAGUUGUAUAUAGUUACCACUACUUGCUAGAUCCAAAAAUUGCCGAGGCAGUCUCAAAGGAGCUUGCUAAAAGUUCAGUUGUAGUUUUUGAUGAGGCUCACAACAUUGACAAUGUAUGCAUAGACUCAAUGAGUUGUAAAAUAAACCGUAGGAUAAUGGAGAAGAGCUCAGCCAACUUAACUAUUCUUGAAAAGACUGUUGCUGAAAUGAAAGACGACGAUGCUAUGAAAUUGAAAGAGGAAUAUAACAAACUAGUUGAAGGUUUGAAAGACGCUCAAGUGGCUCGAGAGACUGACGUAAUUUUAGCUAAUCCUGUUCUUCCAAACGAAGUUCUUGAAGAUGCCGUACCAGGUAACAUUCGCAAAGCCGAGCACUUCGUAGCCUUCCUCAAACGUUUUGUAGAGUACCUGAAAAUGCGUCUGCGUAUCCAACACGUCGUUCAAGAAUCUCCAGUCACUUUUUUACGUGAUGUUCAACAGAAAGUCUGCAUUGAACGCAAACCUUUGAGGUUUUGCGCUGAACGACUUGCAUCUCUCCUACGUACUAUGGAGAUUUCUGAUCUUACGGAUUUUUCACCGCUCAUUCGUGUAACACAUCUUGCUACUCUCGUAGCUACUUACACGAAAGGUUUUACAAUUAUCAUCGAGCCUUUCGAUGACAAAGCACCAACAGUGCAUAAUCCAGUUUUGUAUUUUUCGUGCCUCGAUUGUUCAAUUGCUAUGAAGCCGAUUUUCGAUAGAUUUCAAUCGGUUGUUAUCACUUCAGGAACUCUUUCGCCACUUGACAUGUAUCCUAAGAUUUUGAAUUUCCAUCCUGUGAUUAUGUCGUCGUUCACUAUGACACUGGCUAGACCGUGUCUUCUUCCAAUAAUUGUAUCAAAAGGUAACGAUCAAGUGGCCAUCUCGUCAAAAUACGAAACUCGCGAUGAUGUAGCUGUUAUAAGGAACUACGGACAGUUGCUGGUCGAAUUUGCGGCUAACGUUCCCGAUGGCAUCGUUUGUUUUUUCACCUCUUACUUGUACAUGGAAUCUGUCGUAGCUGCAUGGUACGAUCAAGGAAUUCUAGAUCAAAUUCAGAGAUAUAAAUUGAUAUUUAUCGAGACGCAAGACGCCGCAGAGACGAGUUUAGCUUUGUAUUACUACAACAAGGCAUGCGAUAAUGGUAGAGGUGCAGUUUUACUCUCAGUAGCUAGGGGUAAAGUAUCGGAAGGUGUGGAUUUUGAUCAUCAUCUUGGCAGAGCUGUACUCAUGUUUGGUAUUCCUUAUGUAUACACACAGUCACGCAUCCUCAAAGCUCGAUUAGAAUAUCUGAGAGAUCAAUUUCAAAUUAAAGAAAAUGAUUUCCUUACAUUCGAUGCAAUGAGGCACGCUGCGCAGUGCGUGGGUCGUGCCAUCAGGGGCAAAACCGAUUAUGGUAUUAUGGUAUUUGCUGAUAAGAGGUUUUCACGCGCCGAUAAAAGGAGUAAAUUACCGAAAUGGAUUCAAGAGUAUUUAACUGACAGUUUGUGUAAUUUAUCUACAGAAGAAGCAAUACAAAUAUGCAAACGUUGGUUAAGGCAAAUGGCUCAGCCAUUCUCAAGAGAGGAUCAACUUGGACUCUCUUUAUUAACAUUAGAACAACUUCAAGAAAAAGAACAGGAAAAAAUUGAGGAGCAAGCUCAACAAAACUGAUAAUAAUUAUUAGAAUUAAUCGUCUAUUUUGUAUGAACUCAAUUAUUUUUUUACUAUAAAUGAACAGUAUGUCUUAAACAAGAUUUUGCAAUCACUAGCGCUAAUAGGUCGAUAUUAAGAAUAUCAAUAAAAGCUACAUGUAAAUUGUAUUUAUUCAUACUGAAGAACGCGUAGUUUUUACCAAAUUCAACAUUACUUUGAAGUAUUAAGUGUUAAUAAAAGUAAUAUUUUACUGUUUUUGAUUAUUUUUUGUAAAAGUUGAAAAAUGCUUUGUAUUGUAUAAG